AUGGCCGAUAAUAGACGUCCUCUGGCUCCCGCUCCGCCCGGGACCGCCGCCUCCACCGACUCGCAGCGCCGGAAGAAUUGUACCGGAUUGGUCCCCUGCGCCAACUGCCUCAAAUCGCGCCUCGAAUGCACCCUCGACUCCACGGCCGACCGUCGCCGUCGUGGCGCCCUAAAGCGCAAGAUCGAUGAGCUCGAAGACAAGGAAGACCUCCUCGUCCGACUAGUCGACGUCCUGCGCGAGAGCGGCAACUGUCGCGCCUAUCCGCUCGUCAAUCUCAUCCGUAGCAACGCAUCCUUGCCCGAAAUCCGCUACUACAUCGACCACCAGCUGCCGCGCGACGAGCUAUCCCGGACCCCUGACAUCCUCGAGGCCGCCCACGCCGUCGCCUCAGCCGUGCCCGUCAACUCGGGGGACGACGCCCGCUCCCUGCGUCGCAUCCUCGACGCCAAGCGCUUGUCGGAUAUCCCGCGGUUCCGGGUCCCCGCGCGUCCGUGGACGAGAGUCGUCGAGGAUGACGAUGUGGUGUCGCAUCUGGUCUCGCUUUGGUUUACGUGGCGUCAGCCGUUUGGGGGUUGUUGGGUCGAUCGCGGGCGGUUUCUGCGUGAUAUGCAGGCGGCCGGUAAUGUCGCUCGGCGUCGCUUUUGUUCGCCGUUUUUGGUGAAUAUCAUUCUGGCGGAUGCUUGUACAUACUCCGACUACCCCGAAUCGUAUGCCAUCCCCGGGGAUGUCGCCUCGAAAGGGGCGCAUUUCUACGACGAGGCCAAACGGCUACUCGAAAAAGAACAAGGGCGGAUCACUCUCCCGACAGUCCAAGGACUUGGGGUACUGUGGACAUGUGCCUCCCUCACCCGUCGCGACCGUCAAGGCUGGAUAUACCGCAGUCAACUGGCCUACUCGCUGCGCGAACUCGUCCAGGAUAACCCGCCCGUCGCCGGGUCCAACGACCCAGACCAAUCAUCGAUGGCCCCAGCCGUCUUAUCCAUUCGCUGGGGCAUCUUCAACAUCGCCACGAUCCACGCCCUCGCCGAGAAAAAAGUCCCUGCUAUCAAACCGCCGCAGGGCGCGGCCUGCUCACCGCCACCACCCUGCGACCACAGAGCCGACCAAGAAGAAGACUGGCAGUCCUAUCCCGCGCAGACGGACGACCCCCCGACGCCGUCCCACACCGCCUGCGUCCUGUCGGCGCUGUCCAGCCUCAGCCCGAUCGUCUACGACGCGACGCGUUUCCUCUACGGCGGAGAAGAGACGACCCCUCGGCACGACUGGGCAUCGCUGGACGAGCGCCUGCGCCGGUGGGCCGCCGAUCGGUUGCAAGGAUGUUUGGCACGAGGGAAUAUGGAGCUUCCACAUGUUUUGUGCUUGCACAUGUACUACCACACCAUAACGAUCACCCUGCAGAACACAUCACCAACCACCGCCACCACCCACACCGCCAACCCGCCCCCUUACCCCAACUCCAAUUUCACCCCCAACCCCACCCCCACCAGCCUCGCCUCAGCACGCAGCAUCGCAGACCUCAUCCGCACCCACCGCGGCGCAUGGGGUCUCGACCGCAUGCCAGCAAACAACAUCCAAUGGAUAACAGCCGCGCUCUUCACACUCCUCCCACGGCUCGACGAGCCCUCCAACUGCGACGCCUUCAUCGGUCUCUGCGUCGCCGCGAAGGCCUUCUCGCGCCGUUGGGAGGCAACCCGCACGACGCUCGGCGCGGUGCAGGCUGUCGCAAGGGAGAGGGGCGUCGUGUUGCCUGUGGAGACGGAUCCGCUGUUUGAGGAGCUGGAUAAGCUUGCUGGGAUUGGUGCGGUGUCUAAGCGCGUGCUGUAG